CCGGAAGCGUUAGUGUGUUGUUGUUGUGAACCUGAGCAUGGACACUUGUGCGUUAAAACGCUUCAAUAAAAGGUUGCUUUAACUGUAUUGAUGAUGAACUUCGACGGGCUGGACGCCGGGAUGGGGGAGUACGGCUCCAGCCUCCACGGGAGCCUGGAUGCCGGGCUGGAGCCCCCCAUGGACCCUCACCUCAACCCCAACCUGAACCCCAGCCUCAACCCCGGCCUCCUGCAGGGCGUGCAGCUGGACCCCGAGCUGGCCGGGACGGGGCCCGACCCCGUGCACCUCAUGGAGGGAAUGUUCUCCGAGGUCCACAGUGUGGUCUCGGAAGUUGGCGUCCCGGUCACUGCAACACAUUUCGACCUUCAGGAGGAAAUGCUCUGGAUGGGGAACCACAGGGGUCAUGUAACCUCGUUCUUUGGACCUACAAUGGGACGCUAUUCUUCUUUCCAAGCGCAUGCAGCAGAUGAUGUCCGACACAUUCAAAGUUUGGAAACAGGGGUGUUGGUUCUAUCUAAGAGCAACCUCAAAUGCUUCACCCGCGGGGGCGUUGUAAUGUUUGAUUAUCCGAUGGAAGAAGGAGCUGACAUGCAUAGUCUUCUCAUGACUGAUAACAACACAAUGCUCGUGGGUGGAUUACAAAAUUAUGUGGUUGAAGUUGACUUGAAUACUGUUCAAGAAACUCAAAAGUUUGCUGUUGAGGUACCUGGAGUAGCAAUAAUGCGUCAAACCAAUCGGUAUUUCUUCUGUGGGCACACUUCUGGCAAGAUAACCCUCCGUGACCUGCGCACUUUGAGGAUGGAACACGAGUUUGACGCGUUCUCCGGCAGUCUGUCGGACUUUGAUGUUCAUGGGAACCUGCUGGCCGCAUGCGGGUUCUCUAGCCGGGGAAUGAACGGGUUGGCCUGUGAUCGAUUCCUCAUGGUGUAUGAUCUCCGUAUGAUGCGAGCUGUUACUCCGCUUCAGGUGCAUGUGGAUCCCCUCUUCCUGCGAUUUAUUCCUACUUACACGUCACGACUUGUGAUCAUCUCACAGACAGCUCAGUGCCAGUUCUGUGAGCCCACCGGUCUUGCCAAUGUGGCAGAUAUUUUUCACGUCAACACUGUCGGCCAGCUGCUCAUGAGUUUCGAUGUAUCAUCCAGCAAACAGGCCCUGGCCUUCGGGGAUUCAGGGGGUUGUGUGCACCUGUGGUCUGAUGUUUCAGAGGUGUCUUUCAAUGACUACUCUCGGGAGACAGACUUUGCUCUUCCCUGCCUCGUGGACACGUUGCCUCAGCUGGACUGGAAUCAUGUGCUGCUGCCCCUCUCACUCGUCCCCGUGCCCCUGACGAGCACCGAGCCCCUGCUGUCGGACUGGCCCGCCCCCCUGGCUACGCCGAGCCCCAGACGAGCUCCUCCUGUGGACCCAGAAAUCCUGCGCACCAUGAAAACUGUUGGUUUCAUCGGUUAUGCAGCAAAUCCUCGCACACGCCCUCGAAACCAGGUUCCGUAUAAGAUCAAAGACGUGGAGCUUGAUUAUGAUAAUUACAGCCAGGUACCAGAGUCUCCAAUUGGGCGUGACGAAGAGCCGCACCUCUGUAUGGUCCCCAAGAAAUACAGAAAGGUCACGAUUAAGUACUCCAAACUUGGACUAGAGGACUUUGAUUUCAAACAUUACAACAGAACCUUGUUCGCUGGUCUUGAGCCACACAUUCCCAACGCGUACUGCAACUGCAUGAUCCAAGUAUUAUAUUUUCUGGAGCCGAUCCGGUGCCUUGUGCAGAAUCAUUUGUGCCAGAAAGAAUUUUGUUUGGCCUGUGAACUCGGCUUCCUCUUCCACAUGUUGGAUUUAUCAAGAGGAGAUCCCUGUCAGGCCAGUAACUUCCUCCGAGCGUUUCGGACCAUCCCUGAAGCCUCGGCUCUGGGUCUGAUCCUCUCGGACUCGGACGAGCAGACGGGGAAGGCCAGACUUGGUCGCUUAAUUCAGAGCUGGAAUCGCUUCAUCCUCACCCAGCUUCACCAGGAGACGCAGGAGCAGGAGGGUCCGCAGGCCUACAGGGGGGCCAGCAGCAGCUCUCUGGGCUCAUCUGCUGAGUCUGUGAUUGGAAAGCUGUUUGGCUGUGAGGUUGAGAACAGCAGUCUGUGUCGAUGUGGGAAGGAAACGGUCCGCUCAUCUCUCACAUUGCUCUUCACCAUGCAUUACCCUGAACAGAACGCUCAGGAAAAAACAAUAAAGGAGUAUGACUUUGCUGAAAUCCUGAAAAAAAGCAUCUGUUUGGAGCAGAGCACUCAGGCGUGGUGUGAAAACUGUGAGAAGUAUCAGCCCACCGUGCAAACACGCAACAUCAGAUGUCUCCCAGAUGUUCUGGUCAUAAACUGUGAGGUGAACAGCGCCAAGGAGGCUGAAUUCUGGAAGGUGCAGGCGGAGUAUGCUUACAAUAAAGCCAUGCAGAAAGAGGCGACAGAACCUGCAAAACCUAAAGAACCUUCGCCCAUGCCAACUGAGUGGUGCUUGGACGGGGAGGACAUGUGCAGUAUGGAGGGCAUCACCUUCGACACCCGGGCAGAAGAUCUGCGACACGUGUGGAUCCCUCACACUCUGAAGAUGUCCAUCAGCAAGAGUCAAGGGCUGGAGAUCAGCAGCUGGCUGGGGGGAGAGGACUUAAGUGCUGAGGAAGAGGCCGAGGGCGCGUCUCUCUAUGACCUGGUGGUCACAGUCCCCCACAUCAUGGAUGCUCGCACCGGCGGGAACCUGGUUGCACACAUCAAAGUGGGCGAGACGUACCAUCAAAGAAAAGAGGGAGUUACGCACCAGCAGUGGUACCUGUUCAAUGAUUUUUUAAUUGAACCCAUCGACAAGACUGAAGCCACGCAGUUCGACAUGAGCUGGACGGUGCCGGCCAUCCUGUAUUACGCCAAGAGGAACUAUCACCUCAAGUACGAUCUCCGCAUUAAAAAUCCCAUAGACGCCAGCGUGCUGCUGACGGAGGCCUCGCUGGCUCGGAAGCAAAGGAAAAGUCACGCCACUUUCAUCCCCCUCAUGGUCAGCGAGAUGCCGCAGGCUGGGGACCUGGUGGGGCUGGACGCUGAGUUUGUCACACUCAACCAGGAAGAGGCAGAGCUGCGCAGCGAUGGCACCAAGUCCACCAUUAAACCCAGCCAGAUGUCUGUGGCCAGGAUCACGUGUGUGCGGGGCCAGGGGCCCAACGAUGGGGUCCCCUUCAUCGAUGACUACAUUUCCACUCAGGAGCAAGUGGUCGACUAUUUGACACAGUAUUCUGGCAUCAAACCAGGAGACCUGGAUGCAAAGAUCUCCUCCAAACAUCUGACCACACUGAAGUCCACGUACCUAAAGCUGCGCUUCCUCAUCGACACAGGAGUUCGCUUUGCUGGUCACGGACUGCAGAAGGACUUUCGGGUCAUUAACUUAUUGGUGCCAAAGGAUCAAGUGGUUGACACGGUUUACCUGUUUCAUUUACCCCGCAAAAGGAUGAUUUCUCUAAGAUUCCUCGCUUGGUAUUUUCUUGACCUCAACAUUCAGGGGGAAACCCACGACAGCAUCGAGGACGCGCGUACGGCCCUGCAGCUCUACAAGAAGUUCCUGGAUCUGGGUCACGGCGCCGGCAAAGAUGAAGUGAGGAAGGUCCUGAAAGAGCUCUACGAAAAAGGCCGUCAGCUCGACUGGAAAGCUCCAGAUUCAGAUGCAGGAGAUAGUCAAGGCGCUGCUGUGUUUCCCUCUGUGAUGGGGCUUUGAGCUGCUCUGUGAUCUACGAUCACGCUGGAAACCUUUUACUGAACUCUUCUGGUUUAGUGUAUUGUUUUAUACUGUUUUGCAUUUAUAUUUACAUUCUGUACAGUAUUAAUAGUGGUUUCUACAGUCUACCUCAUCUGGAGAUGCUACAUUACAGAAUGUGUGACCAAACAGCUCACUUUGUAUUUUUUAUGUGGAUUUUUUUUUUUGAGCGUGAAAAAAUAAAAGACAUGAGUUCUCUAAUAUUCUUUGUGUUUGAUGCCAGGAACUACAGCUAUCAAACUCAAUAAAAAUUCUGUUAAACACCACUAUUUUUUCAAUGCUAGAGUUCAGGAAAUAUGACCCUCUGCAAAACCUGUAGUUUGGAGAAAUGAGGGAUGCAGCUGGAACAGACGUAUUGGUUAUGUGACGCUUCGGUGUUCUGAAGAGCCGCUUUGAAGCUUGUGGUUUUAUUUAAACCUCAUAUUCAGACCUGGCAGGGAGACUGACAAGUAAGGAGCUUAUUGAUUC